AUGGAAAAGGAGGAGAGGAAAAAAAACAGUUGUGAUGAAAAUACACAUGCAGAAGCAAAAAAUGACAAAAAAGGCAACAUUUUGGAUGUGAAAAGAGAGUCAAGGAAGGGACGAAAUAAUGGAUCAACGAAGGAAUCGAAAGGGAACAAAGGACUCAGAGAGGUGAAAAAAUUGGACAAAGGAAAAAAAAAAAAAAAAAAAAAAGAACAUAAACAAUGGAGAAAAGCUGAAGAAAAACUGAAGAAAAAGAAGAAUUUGAACAAGUCAAAGAAAGCGAACCGUGGUGGAAACAAGGGGACCAACGAAAAAACAGAGAAUUCUGAAGACGAACGGGAUAGCCGAAAGGACGAACUCGUAGUCGAUUUCGAAUUAAUAGACCCAAGCGAUACGUACAAGGACAAUGUAAGAAUACUACUAAGAAGCACUGAGUUAUAUAACAAUUUAAAGUGUUCUGAACAGUUAAUAAAUGUUAUAUGUGACCAGCAAAACAUCGGGAAGUUUUUGAGCCUCCCAGGUCGCUCAAAUAGUGACAGCAGUGGCAACAAUUUAAACAGCGAGAGCGACAACGUGGUGGGAUUCCAAACCAUCAUCAACCUAAACCAGUACGAUGAAAUAAAGGAACUAAAAGAAUUUCUAACGAAUAAAAUGAAAAAAGGGAAUACCCUCGAUUUUCAAGAGAACAUAAAGGAGAUAACAAAACUGAUAAUGUCAGACAAGACAGGUAACAUAGGGUUAUAUAUCAGUAACAGGAUUAUAAACACUCCUAUUAAAUUAGUUCCGUUAAUUUACAAAAAUGUAAUUGAUGAUGUUUAUUGGUCGCAAGGAAUUGAAGAUUUAGAUGAAAGUGAAAAAAAAUUUUACUUUUUUGAUUAUAUCCUUUUUUAUACCAAGGUUUAUAAAAAUUUAGGGGAAGAAAUAAUUUUUGCAAAUUAUGAAGAGCAAUAUUUUUUUCAGCAUAAAAUAUAUCAUGUUAUGUGGAAUAAUAACAACAUAAAAAAGUUUUACGAAUUUUGCAAUAAUAAAAAUAAAGAGGUUACAUACAAAGAAUUUGUUACUAUUUUUAUCGUUCCUUUCAAUAAAGUUGAUGAAGCGGUCAAACAGAUGAUUCAGGAAGGAUAUUAG